CGCGAUUAACCACCCAAUGGGAAGAAAGAGUGUUGAGGCAAAACAACAUCUACAGUCUCAGCAACCAACAUUCGAAUUCAGACGGUGCACGCGAUUACCGGUGGACUUCAAACAUGGGACGUUUAACUGCUGUGACGACAUUGUUUCUCGUUGUUGCCAUGGGCACUGUGACGUUAGCUGCAGUGGAGCUAACAGCAAAUACUAUGGUUCCGAUGGCGGUAAAGCCCACAUUUGUUCCCGGCACCGAAGCCACAGUCUCCUUCAUGGCGGCCAUUACUGUUUACGAUGGUAUCGAAAUUAUGGAAAUAGAAGUGUUUUUCAGCCAAUCGGAUACCGACAUGACGCAGGCAGUGUCGGACGCUGUGGCUAUUUCGUCAUCUGAUCCCACAAUCCCUCUCGGUUCCGGUCAGGCUGUAUUAGAUAUUGAGUGUAUGGCUACCGUCAUUAUGGACCAAGGCAACUGUGAAUUGUACGAAUAUUUGUGCUACAAUGUAACAACAUCGCCAGAAGAUUUUGAAGGUGACCAUAUUGCGUGUGCUAAGCUCGAUGCAGACCAGGCAGGAGACAAGGACUGUGGAGACGCUAUCAGUACCACACCAGAACAAAUGUCAGCAAAUCGCAAUGGAGCUAAGAGUCUCACCGUUGGUUUCUUCGGUCACUUAGUUUCUCUGCUAGCUGCUCCUUUACUGUCUUAUAAGUUGGCUUGAUUGAUUGAUUGAUUUUUUUAAUUCAAAUUCAAUUCAAAUGGCCGACAAGAUAGAAAUCAUGUUUCUAUGGUAAUGAACUUGUACAGCAACUGUUAAUAAAAUAACUAACCAUUAAUAUCAUACCAACCUUUUAUGUAAUAAUUAUCACCGGAAAAUAUUAAACAAAGUGAAGGUCAAUAUUCGGUUUUAAUAACUCGAAAAGGAAAUUGUUGACCGAGGCGUAGCUGAGUGUCAUUAAAACUCAAUAUUGACGAACGCAAUAAUCUUUGGAAAGUAGACAUGUCCUUAAUAAAGGCACUAUUGUAAUUUAAAA